GCCUAAAGAAGCAAUUAAUGGCGACUCUCUCCUCUUUGUUCGGCCUAUCUCUAAGCUUGAUCCUCCUCCUCCUCUUUCAUAAUUCUUUCGCCCAGCUCGAGUGCGACCAAGGCCGAGAACAGAGCCCCUGGCAAAGCCACCACUGGUUCCGAGGCCAGAGAGAGUGCCGGUUCGAGAGGCUAGACGCCCUGCAGCCGGCACGCCGCAUUCAAUCCGAAGCCGGCUUCACCGAGUUCUUCGACCAGAGCAACGAGCAGUUCCAGUGUGCCGGCGUUUCCAUACGACGCCGCGUCAUCGAACCCAGCGGCCUCCUCCUGCCUUCCUACUCUAAUGCUCCUUGUCUUGUCUACAUUCUGCAAGGAAGAGGUAUAACAGGCACGGUGUUCCCUGGCUGCCCGGAGACAUACCAAUCCUUCCAGCAGCAAUCCCAGCAGCAGAGAGAGGAAGGCGGCGGGCAAAGCCAGAGAUUCAGAGACGAGCACCAGAAGGUCCACCGCUUCCGCGAGGGCGAUAUCAUCGCUCUGCCUGCCGGAGUAGCCAACUGGUGCUACAACGACGGUGACACGCCUGUCGUCGCCAUUACCGUCUUCGACACGAGCAACAGCGCGAACCAACUCGACCCUCGUCGUAGGGAAUUCUUGUUGGCCGGGAGCCAUCGGAGUAGCGAGAGAAGGCAGGAAUCGUUCGGACAACAAACGUAUGAAGGACAAUACGAAGAGCAGACAGGGGUUAACAUCCUUAGCGGGUUCAACCCUGACUUGCUGGCUGAGGCCUUCGGAGUCAAUAGAGAGGUAGCAAGGAGGCUUCAGAGCCAGGACGACCGCAGAGGCGAAAUCGUCCGAGUCCGGCAUGGACUUCAGUUUCUAAGGCCUUCAGUAAGAGAAGAACAGCAUGAGCAGUAUUCCGAGGGGAGAGAGGAGAGAAGGAAGGGCGGUCAAUGCAAUGGACUGGAGGAGAUGUAUUGCGCGCUGAAGACCAGAGAAAACAUCAACGACCCGACGCGUGCCGAUGUCUACACUCCGCAAGGCGGCCGGAUCACCAGCCUCAACAGCCAGAAGUUCCCCAUUCUCAACCUAAUCCAAAUGAGCGCUGAGAGGGGUGUCCUCCGUAGGAAUGCUUUCCAUGCGCCGCACUGGAACAUCAACGCGCAUAGCAUCAUGUACGUGACUGGAGGGCGGGGACGAGUGCAGAUAGUGAACAACCAGGGCCGAACCGUUUUCGACGGCGAGCUCCGUCGCGGGCAAGUGCUGGUCAUCCCGCAGAACUACGCAGUUCUGAAGCGGGCGCAGAGCGAGGGGUUCGAGUGGGUCUCAUUCAAGACCAACAGCAACGCCAUGGUCAACCAGAUUGUAGGGAAGGCAUCGGCUCUUCGGGGCAUGCCGGUGGACGUGCUCAUGAACGCCUACCGCCUCUCGAGGGAAGAAGCUCUAAGGCUCAAGUUUAACAGGGGCGACCAGAUGACCGUCUUCACUCCCAGGUCCCAGGAAGGGCCUUUCUAGAGUUACUAAGCGAUGCCCAUGAAAAAGAUUAGUGACUGGUAGCUUGCUGCUGGAGAAGAGGCUGUAGAUUGAAAGAAAUAAAGCCUCCGACGGAGGAGUUUAAU